GGGGCGCGCAGGGAUGGAGGGAGCGCCCGGCAGAGCCCCGCCGGUCCCUUCCGCCGCCACCGCCGCGGCUCUGCGGUUGGCGUUGGCCGUGCCGGGUUUGCCCGACGGUCCUUUCGGUUGCCCCAUCUGCUUGGAUCUGCUGAAGGACCCGGUGACGGUGCCGUGCGGCCAUAACUUCUGCCAGGGCUGCCUCGGGAAGCUUCGCGGGAGGACGGGCCCCCCCGACGGGGCGGCGGGCGGGGCGGCACGUUGCCCGCUCUGCCAGGAGCCCUUCCCGGCGGCUCUGCGGCUCAGCAAGAACCGCGCCCUGUGCGAGGUGCUGCCGCUGCUGGGGGCCGCCGGAGCCGGGACGUCCCCCGACGGCGCGCGGACCCCCCCGGCUAUCCCAUCCCCUCAGUCCGGGCCUGGAUCCCCCCCCGGUAGCGCCGGGUUCAGCGGAACGGGACCCAGCGGAGCCGAGUCCUCCCCCUCCGAGAUGGCGCCGGGAGCUGAAGAGGAGCCGGGGGGAGAAGCGGAGCUGGAGGAGGGGGCUGCGGCGGUGCUGUGCGACGUGUGCCCCGAGGGGGAUCGGGCGGCGGCUGCCCGCUCGUGCCUGGUGUGCCUGGCGUCCUUCUGCGGGGCCCACCUGGAGCCCCACCGCCGCUCCCCCGCGUUCCGCUCGCACCGCCUCGUAGCCCCGUUGCGGCGCCUGGAAGAAGGGCUGUGCCCGCGGCACCUGCAGCCCCUCGACGGCUUCUGCCGGGCCGAGCAGACCUGCGUGUGCGUCCGCUGCCGCGCCAACGAGCACCGCGGCCACGACGUGGUGUCCCUCGAGAAGGAGCGCGAGCUGAAGGAGGCCCAGCGAGCCAAAUUCCUCAGCAGUGUGGACAACGAGCUGGAGGAGCUGGCUGUGACCAUCGCACAGACCAGGAAGAUGGUGGAGCUCAUCAAGGGUGUUGCCAGCAAGGAGAAGGAGCGGGUGGAGAAGCUCUUUGCAGAAGCUUCCGAGCUGCUGGCCACCUUCCAGAAGGAGGUGGCCGCCUUCAUCGAGGACAGCGAGCGCUCCAUGCUGGGGGAGACCGAGGCUGACCUCCGCUGGAAGGAGGAGAGGAGAGCCAAGCUGGCCCAGGGCAAGCAGAACCUGGAGAACAUCCCCAGCACCGACACCAUCUACUUCCUUCAGGAGUUUCAAGCCUUAAAAAUAGCCAUGGAAGACAACCUCUCUCCGGCUCCGAGCUUCCAGAACGAGCUCAACUUCACCAAGUGCUCCCAAGCCGUCUGCGCCGUCAAGGAUGCGCUGUCAGCUGCCCGCAAAAGCCAGUGGGACUGUUUGCAGGGGAAAGGAGUGGAUGGGAUGAGCUUCCCGAAGACGGAGGAAGCAAUGACCAAGUCUCAAUUUCCAGACAAGUCGAACAAUCCCGCCUGCCUGGAGAGCCGCGAUUACUUCCUGAAAUUUGCCUUCAUCAUCGACCUGGACAGCGAUACGGCCGACAAGUUCAUCCAGCUCUUCGGCACCAAGGGAGCCAAGCGGGUGCUCUGCCCCAUCCCCUACCCGGAGAGCCCGACCCGUUUCAUCAACUGCGAGCAAGUGCUGGGCGUGAACCUCAUGAACCGGGGCAACUACUACUGGGAGGUGGAGCUCAUCGACGGCUGGGUCAGCAUCGGCGUCAUCACCGAGGUCUUCAACCCGCAGGACUCCUACAACCACAGCCGCCUGGGCCGCAACACGUCGUCCUGCUGCCUGCAGUGGAACGGGCAGAACUACGCCGCCUGGUUCGGUGGCUUGGAGUCCGUCAUCCAGCAGCCAUUUUUCCACACGAUCGGGGUCUUCUUGGAGUAUUCGGAGAAGGCUUUGACCUUCUAUGGAGUCAAGGACUCUAAGAUGACGUGUCUGAAGCAGCUGAAGGCCGGCUCUUUUGCGAAGGCCCAGUCGGACCCUUUCCAGCACAAGAUCAACCAGCAGUUUGCAUCUCUGUUCUCCUUCAAGCUGAAACCGGCCUUCUUCCUGGAGAGCGUCGAUGCCCACCUGCAGAUCGGGCCUCUGAAGAAGGAUUGCGUGUCGGUGCUGAAGCGCAGGUAACUGCCCAAGGAGAAGGCCCAGAGGAGCCCUUCCUGCAGCGCACACAUCAUGGCUUCCCUGCGGACAUCGGGGCAGCCCCACUUGGCCAAGCACUUUCCAGAACUGCAGCAUGGAACCGCCUGGGUUGGAAGAGGCCUUCAAGACCACCACCAAACGUCAUCCUGACCGACUGUCAGCUGGAGUCCCACUGCCAACCUACGUCCCAACACUGACCCAUGUCCGAAGCCUCUCGGACCGUAACAAGAAGUGGGGAUCUCUGCACCCCUCGUGUUUGGCACGCUGUGGAAAAGCCAUGCUCCUUCCCCCGUGUGCUGGAGCUCCGGGCUGUUCUGCACCGCGUCCAAACAUCGCUGCUGGGAGAAGGAAGGGACGUGCUGGGAAAUGCCAGCGUUGCUGGGAGCACUGAGCAGCUCUGGAUGUGCUCAUGGCAGGCACGUUCUAUGGGAAUUGCUGACAGAAGCCUUUCUGUCAGAUUUCCCCUCGUGUUUUUGAUGACCCUGCUAUUUUAGGGGAUUCUGACGCCGUUCAACUCCCAGUUCUUCAAGCACCCUGGGCACAUCUGAGCUGUAAACGCACCCCAUAGCUUAUAGAGAGCCUUUCAGACAACCAAGAGCUGCUACGAGUACAGCCCAGGGUAAACAGCGUUUCUUAGGCACACUGAUAAAAGCCAAUAAUUAAAUCCCUUAAGACACCAGGAACAAGUAACAAUUAACAACAACUGCUCUCAAGCCAGCGUCCCAUCUGGGAAAGGUGGAGGCUUCAGGCACAGUGCCCAUUCACGUGCCCUGAUGGAGCCUUUCCAGCACUGCCCCAAUGAUGUAGCAGAGGCGGCACAGUGCAGCUCCUGUCUCAGCCCUCCCUGCCUUCCUCUGGGUUUAUUUUUCCUGGGAUUAGUUUGCUACCUACCUCCCAAAGCUCCCUUUACAGAAUCGUAAUGCUGGGUAAUAAGAAGAGAAAAAUAUAUGGGGCCGGAUUCUCUGCUGGCGUGAAUGAGUCAGUGAUGACGCACCAACGGUCAACAGCGGUGGAAAAAUGGCCCGUUGAGCUAAAUAUACAAUAUAUAUAUGUGUGUAUAUUCCCCAAAGGAUAAGCUGGAAGUCAGAGUGGUGUAUUCAAAGGGAGCCAAGGGAAGAAAAAAUGAAUGUGAAAAACAGGCAGGCGUAAAGCCAGGAGGUUUGGAGUUAUGGCCACGUUUACACCGCGGCUCGGAUGGCUCCUGGUGCUGGUGAGUGGGUGCUCUUUGCACACAGAGGUGCCGGUCCCCAGCAAACAGCCACUGCUUUCAGCCCUCAAACGGGGCUGAAGGAUCUGAAUGCAGCAGUCCAGCCGCAGGGCAGGGCAGGAGUGUUAGCACACAUCCACUGGGAUGUGCCCCCAAACCGCUCCUACUCCUCCUCUGCUCCUCCUGAAGCACUGGGAAAGGGGAGUAGGACUUCCAGUGCUGCUUCUCUGGAUGGAAUCACUGUGGCCAGCGGGAACGCUGCCCAGAUGGGAAUUCACUGCCUGUGUCCUGAGCUCCUACCUCGGAAAUGCUUUGUUUCACUCGGCCGGCCUCCUGCAAAAUGCCCUCUGCACAACACAGUGCAAGCAUCGGGGCUGCUUGGUUAGCAGCGAUGCCAGCAGUGCCUUGCUGGAUAAGAAGGCUGGAGACGUGCAGCAGCGAUGUGCUGUGCUGGGAGGAAGAGGAAGGUAACCCUGAUCUGCACUGCACGUCUGUGGGAAGAGAUCUGGCACGCGGGCUGUGUCUGAGCCCCAAACGUCAUUUAUUCAGGCGAAAGCCCUACCUUUUGCUGCAAGGAGGUUUGCCAGAGUCAAUAGGGUGGAUCCGGUCCUUUGCCCCAUUUUGUUUGGCCGUGGGUGGAUGGAUGGCUCCCGGGGGGAACGGUGCGCUCCAGCCACGAUCCCUCCCUUCCCUGCAUUGCCCAAACCAAGGCUGAGAGAUUCCUCUCCGUGCAGCUUGCAGCUGGUCUGUUGGGAUCCGGUGCUUUUCCAUCCCUGCCGCCCCAGGGAGCAGCACUGGGAGCCUGGGCUCUGCUUCUGCUGCUCCCCACAGCGAGGGCAUCGCUCCAUUACUCCUGCCCCAUAGCUGUGUGCUGGCAUGGAGCUCACAGAGGGGUUUGGAGGGCUCCUGUAGAUGUGUUGCAAACCCUCUCCUUCCUGCUGCUUCGCAUCCAGGCUGGAAGUGCUAGAAAUCCUGGUGGUUUGGGGCAUAAAGCAAAUGUAAGAUGGGGGCCCCCACUCCCAGGUGUUGGACCAGAGUUUGCUCUGUGUUGCCAAUAAUUUGGGGUGUAAACUGGAACGAUUGGGAAACGUACACGAUGCCAGCCCUGGAUCUCUGAGUUUUUUUGCUGCAAGCACCGUGCGUGGUGAGUUUAGAUAGGCAGCACUUUGCAACUUAAACAGCCUUUCCGUGCUCCUUCGAGUUAUUUUUUUUUUGCUGUCACACAGUGUUCCUCUUUUUAAUUAGGUUUUUUCAAUGUACAGUUACUGUAGAACCUCUUACGGUGUGUGAAGAAACCCUAACAGGAUCAUAUCAUGGUGAUGGAGACUCUGAUUUGCCAUUAAACAUUACACAAACCUA